AUGGAGAACGAAAAGGAAAAUCUCUUUUCUGAGCCGCAUAAAAGGGGACAGAUGAAAACACCUCUGAAAGAAUCCACUGCAGCAAAUAUAGUGUUGACAGAGAUCCAGCCUGACUUUGGCCCUUUAACCACACCCACCAAGCCCAAGGAAACCUCCCAGGGAGAACCCUGGACACCAACAGCCAACCUGAAAAUGCUUAUCAGUGCUGUGAGCCCCGAGAUCCGCAACAGAGAUCAGAAAAGGGGGCUGUUUGACAACAGAAAUGGAUUACCAGAGCCCAAAGACUGUUUACACGAACACUUAUCAGGAGACGAAUAUGAGAAAUCCCAACCAAGUCGAAAAGAGAAAAGUUUAGGAUUGUUGUGUCAUAAAUUCUUAGCACGAUAUCCUAACUAUCCCAACCCUGCCGUGAAUAAUGACAUCUGUCUUGACGAAGUGGCUGAGGAACUCAAUGUUGAGCGUCGACGCAUUUACGAUAUCGUGAAUGUCCUAGAGAGUUUACACAUGGUGAGCCGCCUUGCCAAAAACAGGUAUACUUGGCAUGGACGACAUAAUCUCAACAAAACCCUUGGGACUUUGAAAAGCGUCGGGGAGGAAAACAAAUAUGCUGAGCAGAUUAUGAUGAUCAAGAAGAGAGAAUAUGAACAAGAGUUUGACUUCAGUAAGAGUUACAGUAUAGAGGAUCACAUCAUCAAAGCGAAUGCUGACCAAAAUGGCCACCCAGACAUGUGUUUUGUCGAACUCCCUGGAGUAGAAUUUCGGGCAGCUUCUGUAAACAGCCGCAAAGACAAGUCUUUAAGAGUGAUGAGCCAGAAAUUUGUGAUGCUGUUUUUGGUGUCAACGCCUCAGAUAGUAAGCCUCGAAAUCGCUGCCAAGAUAUUAAUUGGGGAGGACCAUGUGGAAGAUUUGGAUAAAAGCAAAUUUAAAACAAAAAUUAGGAGGUUGUAUGAUAUAGCUAAUGUUCUGAGUAGCCUGGAUCUUAUCAAGAAAGUUCAUGUUACCGAAGAAAGAGGUCGAAAACCAGCUUUUAAAUGGACAGGCCCAGAAAUCAGUCCUAAUCCCAGUGGUCUCAGCCCCGUCAUUCCCUUCUCCCCCUCAGACCUCGAAGUAAGGCAGCCCUCAAAGGAGAACUGUGCCAAAAACCUCUUUUCGACACAUGGGAAGCCGAACUUUACUCGACACCCAUCUCUUAUCAAACUGGUAAAAAGCAUAGAAAGUGAUCGGAGAAAGAUAAAUUCGGCUCCCAGUAGCCCUGUCAAGACCAACAAAGCUGAGAGUUCUCAGAGUUCUGCGCCCUUCCCAAGUAAAAUGGCUCAGCUCGCAGCUAUAUGCAAAAUGCAGUUAGAAGAGCAGUCAAGUGAACCCAGAAAGAAAGCAAAAUUACAGCUGGCAAGAUCUGGGCACUGCAAACCAAUGGCCCCCCUGGACUCCCCAGUGAAUGCUGAGCUGGAGCUGACGGCACCGGCCCUUCUCCAGCCCCUGGGGGUGGUCCCUCUGAUCCCCAACCCACUGUCAUCAGCAGUGCCCAUGAUCCUACCUCAAGCUCCUUCGGGCCCAUCCUAUGCCAUCUACUUGCAGCCUGCCCAAGCCCAAACUAUGACGCCGCCCCAAGGCCUGAGCCCAACAGUCUGCCCCACCCCCUAUUCUAAAGCUACAAGAUCAGAAGACUACCCAGAUGCCACUACCGAGAAAGCAGCCAACGAUGCAGAAAAGCCCAGUACCUCCACCAGGCCUGGAAACCUGUUGCCAGUGCCGGAGAGACAAGGAACCCAGAACCGAGACAGAGAACCUGCUGCAGAAAGAGGCUCAAAGAGGGCAAGCAUAGUCGAGGACAGUGGUUCCAAAAAGAAAUUGAAAGAGGACCUAAAAGGACAUGAAAAUGUUCCCACAACCUUGUUCCCAUCAGGAUACCUAAUCCCUCUCACCCAGUGCUCAUCCCUGGGGGCAGAGUCCAUUUUGCAUAGUAAAGAAAACUCAGGUACACUUUCCCCAAACCACAGGAUCUACAGCUCCCCAAUCGCAGGUGUUAUUCCAGUGACAUCAUCUGAACUCACUGCUGUUAAUUUUCCCUCUUUUCAUGUAACGCCUCUGAAGCUAAUGGUCUCACCAACUUCUGUGGCGGCCGUACCUGUGGGGAACAGCUCGGCUAUCUCUUCGAGCCACCCUGUCCCCGUCCAGAACCCAAGCUCAGCCAUUGUAAACUUCACCCUGCAGCACUUGGGACUCAUCUCCCCCAGUGUGCAGGUGUCUGCCAGCCCUGGGUCCGGAACUGUCCCCAUGUCUCCAAGAAUAGAGGCUGUUAGUAUCAUACCAGAAAAUGCAGGCUCUCAGCAAGGACGGGCCACCAGGUAUGACUCUCCAGUCCUGGGCCAGAACCAACUGAAUGGACAAUCCAUUGCUGUGACAGGGGCACAACAGCCUGUUCCAGUAACACCCAAAGGGUCACAAUUAGUGGCCGAAAGUUUCUUCCGUACCCCAGGUGGACCAAUGAAAUCGAUGGGCUCAUCCUGCAUGGAUUUUGAUGGUGCUAAUAAAACCUCCGUAGGAUCUCUCUUUGUCCCACAGCGAAAACUGGAAGUCUCAACAGAGGAUGUCCAUUAA